UGUAAUUUUCACGUGUAUAAUUACAUACUGGAGUUUAACGGCAUUUGUUUAAGAAACCUUGGUUGAGAAAAACAUAAUCAGUUGUACUUAAGACAUUAUUGCAACAAUAACCGCUACUAUGGAUUUUUCAUCAUUACUUUUUACAGAGAAUGUUAGUGUCCAAAGUUUGUUAUUUGGAUUAGUCAUUUUACUGAUUAUACGAUGGUUUAUGACACCACCAAAAUCUAACUACAAUUUACCACCGGGUCCUAGAGCUCUUCCAAUAAUUGGAAAUCUACUUCACGUCCUUUCCAUUACCGAUUUUUAUUCAAUGUUGAAAGAGCUCAGAAAACAAUAUGGCGAUAUUUUUAAACUCAAAAUUGGACCAUAUAACUACGUGUUUGUAUGUAAAACUGAAACGAUUUUGGAAGGACUAGUAAAAAAAGGACAACAUCUGAAUGGAAGGAGUUCACUCUAUGCUUUAGAUAAAGUAUUCCGAAACAAAGGUAUCUUCUUAGUUCUGGAAAACAAUGGAAAGACCAGAGAAAGUUUACCAUGUCAGCACUUCGGGAUCUAGGAGUAGGAAAGAGUUC